GUUCUCUCUUUUUUGAACUUUUCUACAUGGGUUCUAAACCCACCGCCUAAAUCAACAUUGGAUUCUCCUAAAACCAACGCAUCAUCUUUCAUCGUCGCAGACCACGUAAAGAAAAAGAGGCAUCUUAAAGUCUAAACAUGCUCAUUCCAUCAAAAUCAUUCUCUGUUUCUUUAAUCAAGAGCCGUUCAAAGAAAUGAACGGUUCCAGAGUCAUGAUCGCCAGAACAAUAAUUCACCAUAAUCAGCAAACUCACGCUUCAUCUCUUGAAAUCAUAAACCCAGUGGAGAAUUCAUCAUUUCCCAUAUUUUUCUUUUUCAUUUUUUCUUUCUGGGCUGGAGAGAAUCGAGAGAUGAUGAGGGGAAAUGGAAGAUCAAUGGCAGAGGCGGCUUGCAGUGGCAUUGUCCGGCGAAUGGUGAGCCUUCCCCGUAGCAUCAUCGGGGGAGUGUCCCGGGCAAUGGGUCACGCCGGAAUGGUGAGGUACCACCACCGCGCGCGGCCAAGCCUGCCGCUGCCCGAUGCCGUGAAUGUUCUACCGGAGGAGUGGGUUUUCCUGGACAGCUUCGAGCAGCAGUACGGCUCCGAUCAUCCGUUCUUCUACGCGUGCCAGUUCAAGGAGGCUCUGAAGAUAGCAGAGGACGAGCAGAAAUUCGUGUUCGUGUACCUCCACUCGCCGGACCACCCCUUCACGGCGGCGUUCUGCGGCGGGACGCUGUGCGCGGAGGUGGUGGUGCAGUUCCUGGAUGCCAAUUUCGUGAGCUGGGGAGCGGUGGCGAACAGGGGAGAGGGCGUGCUGAUGACAUCGACGCUGCGUCCGGCGAGCUUCCCAUUCUGCUCGGUGGUGGCUCCGGUCGCCGGAAACAGCUUGGCGGUCCUGCAGCAGAUCGAAGGGCCAGUAUCUCCGGCGGAGUUGGUGGAGAUAUUGCAGAGGACCGAGGAGGAACAGGGUUUGGCUUUUGGGAGUGGGAGGGCUGUGGAGGAAGAGAAAAGAAGGGCAGAUGCUCAGAGAGCUGCCAUGGAAGAGGAGCAGAGGAGGGCACACCGUCAGAUUAGGGCAGAACAGGAUGCAGCAUACCUCGCAGCUCUGCAAAUAGAUAGGGAAAAGGAUAAGCUCAAGAAUUUUCCUUUAGAACAAGCAGUUCCCCAACCGACAGAGGCUCCAAAAAAGGUACACUAUGAGGAGUUCAGCCGGAAUCCCACAAAGAAAGAUCAUGGUAAAGGCAAAGUGAAAGAGGCUGCUUCUUCUAUUCCUCCCAGAGCUAGUAGUGAAAGCCAAAACAGAGAGAAGGAUGCUCAGACUACCCAGAUUUUGGUGAGGUUUCCAAAUGGGGGAAGAAAAGAGAAGAGCUUCCGGAGCACAGAUAAGAUAGAGUCAGUCUACCGAUACAUAGACUCACUGGGGCUACCAGGUAUUGGAAGCUACAGACUGGUAUCAAGCUUCCCCAGAAGAGUCUUUGGGGUAGACCAAAUGGGCACGAGUCUCAAAGAUGCUGGUCUCCAUCCCAGAGCCAGCCUGUUCCUCGAGCUCCUCUGACAUCUCUAUGGCUCUCUCAACUUUUAAAAAUUUUUUUUGCUAUAUUAAUGACGAGGCACUGCUGAUCAUGAUCAGAUGAUCACAUGAAUUAAAGUCAAAUAAAGAAGGAACCCACAAUCAUACAGGUUCUAAUUAGAGGCA